AUGACGAUCAUCAGAAGCACCAGACCGUCGCUCUCAACAAAGUGCAGGCAUGCUAUUUCUAGUACUAGUACUAGUACCUAUAGUAGUAGAGACAGUCGAAGAGUCCUUCGCUAUGUCACCUACGUUCUGGUAAUUGCAGUUUAUCUCUGCAGUAGAUCUACCAGUUUCUAUGAUACUAGUAGUACUAGUAGUAAUAUUGGAAGCCAAGAAGCAUCUCUACUAGUGCAUGCACAUACUACCAGUAGUACAACAGCAGCCAAGCCUCCUCCCUUGAGCUUUCCUCCUCCUCUCACGUGUUCUCUUAAACAACAAGAGAAGCUUGUCCUUCCGCCCACCAACCAUGCCCUGCGAUUGACCAGCAAUGAGACCAAGCUUGUCCUGCUAGGAACGGCCAAAGGAGGAGCCACUCUCGCCACGCAAAUAUUACUGCGAAAAGUGGGACUCUACGAAACUGCCGUCAAGUAUCAUCCCUGGAUUCACAACUACAGAAGUACCGUCUAUGAAACGGAACAUCCCAAUCAAGGAUCUUGUCAGGAUCUAUGUGGUACUAGUACCCGUUCUACGCAACUUGAAACAGACUGGCUCUGCCUCAAACUGGUACGAUCCCCACUCGAUCGCAUCGUCUCUAGCUAUGUUCAUGUUCUCCGCACAGAUCCCCAAUCCCUGGUCUUUCCAGAAUUGGAUCAGCAUCUCCUACAACAACAGAAACAGAAACAAUUACAUUCGUCAUACAGUCGAAAAAUUGCCACCUUUGCUGACUUUGUCGCGGCACUCGAACUCAGACUCCAACCUGCUAUUACACCCAUCACACUCCACGAUGUACACUUCAUGUUACAAACUUCCACCGAUGGAUGUGAUCGAGUGGCCCAACUGGUACCCAUUGAAGCCAUUGACAGUGCACUCGCAGCCAUACAUGCGAGAACCGGAGUCGCACUCAAUGCCACUGGAUUGACAAGUUCACAUUACGUCGUCGUGGCCAAUACAAACAACAAUAACAAAAACACUCAGUCUGUCAUUCAUACUCCGUACUCGGAUUUGAGUGUCGCGGCAUUUCCUCACUAUGACCAAUUCCUACAAGAUACACACUUAAAUGCCAGAAUCUGUGCUCUCUUUUGUCUAGACUUUCAACUCUAUGCCAAAGCGUGUACCAACCCAACAUUAUUGAUGCAGCAGCAGCAAAGUACUCCACACUAUGAUUCGGACAGGCGUAGUGUCGCCACAGUCUGUGCUCACGAACGAAACAGAAUUCGAACCGUGUGUGGAGACGACUAUGACUUCUUUUGA